AUGGGACUCAAGGACUUAGAGAACACCAUUUCAGAGCAGCUCGGAUUCCUUCAACAUUACUCCGGACUACUCCGAACGAUUGGCGAGAGCAUUGCGGAAGACCAGUUUCAAGAUCAGCAGAUCGAGGACGAGGACAACCGAUUCUUCGAAAACCUGAUAAUACGCAAUCUCGACAACAUCACGCACAUACUACGAGGAUCCCAACUGGAGCAUAGCGCGACGCAGACCGAGUCUGCGGAGGACCAUCGCGGCGCGGAGGCUGCGGAGACGCAGGAUUCGGGCGCGCGGCGGCAGGAAAGCGAAGAGGGACGGGAACAACGCGCUAUCGACGACAACGCAGAAUUCAUGGAAGAACUGCAAGAGGAAAUCCGUCCCGACGACGUUUUUGUCGUUGUAGACGAGGUCGUGGGAGCCGAGGUUACCGAGGAGAACGCUUAUCACGAGGAGGCGCUGGCACCAAAAGAUACGAGCGAGACAAGACGUCUCAACGAGGAGAUAUUACGUGUUCUCACCGAAAAAAGGGACCUGGAGCGACGGAUUCACGAGAUGGCGAACGAGAAGACUUGCCCUCGCCGCAGAUUUGAAGCAGGGCAGAUCAGGAACGAAAACGAAACGACGAUGCCGUGCGUCUUUUGUGGACUAAUCGGCGUGCAUUACUCGGACGCUUGUGAUGUCUACCCCGACACCCGCCGGAGAUGGCGCAUAAUACGCGAAGCCGCACGUUGCAGGGUAAACGGAACGCUGACGCUUGAUGAAAACAUAGCUGAUACGGAAGGGGUGAAGUACUCAUACAAGGCAUAUAAAAACUACCAGAAACAAAGGAGAAACAGAGAGGAAAGACGGCUUCACAAAAUGGAGGACAUUAUGGAGGACCAGAUGUUUUUUUUGGGAUGGGCAUUUAUUUGGUGCAGAACGUAUAAACGUCGCUACCAAUUCUUUUUGGAUCUCCUAACAGACGUCCAUGCACCAUCUCCUGCACGGGUCAACAAUGUCGUGUCGAACAUAGAAGGAUUUGCUGAAGCUUUCCGCUGUCCACCGGAUACGCCCAUGAAUCCUAAGAAGCGUUGCUCGAUUUGGUGA